AUGAAGAGAAGGAACUCUGAGAUGAAGGAGCUGAUCAGAGCCCAGGAGAAGAGUGAGGUUAUAGUUGCUGUUGGGGCACUUCUAGAUCUAUUCUGGUUAAUGGAGAUUGGACGUUUUGUGUUUGGGAUCGGCGGUGAGUCCCUGGCGGUGGCCCAGAACACCUAUGCAGUGAACUGGUUCAAAGAGAAGGAACUCAACCUGGUGUUUGGUCUUCAGCUCAGCAUGGCCAGGUAAGAACAUGCUGGAAGCUAAGGUAGCACGGUCAACAUGAACAUCAUGGGCUCGGUGUACAACCGCGUCGCUGACCUGGUAGGCUCGACAGAACACACCACUCUGGGAGUCUCACUCAUGAUCGCUGGGGCGACCUGUAUAUUCUCUCUGGUUUGUGCUCUGGUGUUGGGCUACCUGGACAAGCGCGCCAAGAGGAUCCUCAACAAGGAACAGGGAGGGACCGGGGAAGUGAUCAAGCUGACGGAUGUGAAGGUCUUCCCCUUCCAACUGUGGCUCAUCUUCAUCAUCUGUGUGGGCUACUACGUGGCCAUCUUCCCCUUCAUCGGACUGGGACAGGUUUUCUUCAUUGAAAAGUUCAACUUCUCACCACCUGAAGCAAGAGCAAUCAACAGUAUUGUGUACAUCAUCUCGGCCCCAGCCUCUCCUGUGUUGGGCUUCAUGGUGGACAGGGUAGGGAAGAACGUAAUCUGGGUGCUGUGUGCCAUCGUCACGACGCUCAUAGCCCACAUGAUGCUCGCCUUCACCUUCUGGAACCCCUGGAUCGCCAUGUCUCUGUUGGGUUUGUCCUACUCCCUGCUGGCCUGUGCCCUGUGGCCCAUGGUGGCCUUCGUGGUGCCAGAGCAUCAGCUGGGGACAGCCUAUGGCUUCAUGCAGUCCAUCCAGAACCUGGGCCUGGCUCUGAUCUCCAUGGCAGCAGGAUCUAUUCUGGACAACAAGGGAUACCUCUUCCUGGAGGUCUUCUUCAGCGCCUGUGUCUGCUGUGAGAGGUCACACAGUCCUGGGCCACAGCUGUCAAUCACCCCCUAG